GCGGCGGCGGCGGCGGCGGCUGGGAUGAUGGGCGGUAGCGGGGCCGGGCCGGGGUCCGGGGCCGCUGCCCGGGAGAGGGCCAGCCGCGGGCAGCCCUAGGCGCCGCCCGGCCCGACUCCACCAUGAAUGUCGCGCUGCAGGAGCUGGGCGGCGGCGGCGGCGGCGGCAACGGCAACAUGGUGGAGUACAAGCGGGCCACGCUUCGGGAUGAAGACGCACCCGAGACCCCCGUAGAGGGCGGGGCCUCCCCGGACGCCGUGGAGGUGGGCAAGGGGGUCCUCCCGUGCUCAGCAGGCCCCAGCCCUGGCGUGACGCCUGGCCCACUCAGGAGCUCUGGGCUGUUCUGGAGGGUCGUCUGCCCCCACCCACCUCCGCUCCAUCUCGGGCCUCUCUGCGCUGGGACUAUGGUGGGAUUCCGCAAGGCGACGCGACAGCUCCUGCGCUCGCGCACGCCGCUGGAGCUGUCGCUGGCCGGGGUCUCUCUACUGCUGGCGGCGCUGCUUGUGGGCUGCCUGGUGGCGCUGGGGGUCCAGUACCACAGAGACCCAUCCCACAGCACCUGUCUCACCGAGGCCUGCAUCCGAGUGGCUGGGAAAAUCCUGGAGUCCCUGGACCGCAGGGUGAGCCCCUGCGACGACUUUUACCAGUUCUCCUGCGGAGGCUGGAUUCGGAGGAACCCCCUGCCUGAUGGGCGUUCUCGCUGGAACACCUUCAACAGCCUCUGGGACCAGAACCAGGCCAUACUGAAGCACCUGCUGGAAAACAGCACCUUCAACUCCAGCAGCGAAGCCGAGCGGAAGACACAGCGCUUCUACCUGUCCUGCCUGCAGGUUGAGCGCAUCGAGGAGCUGGGAGCCCAGCCCCUGCGAGACCUCAUUGACAAGAUCGGUGGCUGGAACAUCACGGGGCCCUGGGACCAGGAUAACUUCAUGGAGGUGCUGAAGGCAGUAGCGGGGACCUACAGGGCCACCCCAUUCUUCACCGUCUACAUCAGUGCCGACUCUAAGAGUUCCAACAGCAAUGUCAUCCAGGUGGACCAGUCCGGGCUCUUUCUGCCCUCUCGCGAUUACUACUUAAACAGAACUGCCAACGAGAAAGUGCUCACUGCCUACCUGGACUACAUGGAGGAGCUGGGGCUGCUGCUGGGCGGAGGGCCAGGCUCCACGCGGGAGCAGAUGCAGCAGGUGCUGGAGCUGGAGAUCCAGCUGGCCAACAUCACCGUGCCCCAGGACCAGCGCCGCGACGAGGAGAAGAUCUAUCACAAGAUGAGCAUCUCGGAGCUGCAGGCUCUGGCGCCCUCCAUGGACUGGCUGGAGUUCCUGUCGUUCUUGCUGUCACCGUUGGAGCUGGGGGACUCGGAGCCUGUGGUGGUAUAUGGGACUGACUAUUUGCAGCAGGUGUCAGAGCUCAUCAACCGCACGCAGCCAAGUGUGCUGAACAACUACCUGAUCUGGAACCUGGUGCAGAAGACAACCUCCAGCCUCGACCGACGCUUUGAGUCUGCCCAGGAGAAGUUGCUGGAGACCCUCUAUGGCACCAAGAAGUCCUGCCUGCCGAGGUGGCAGACCUGCAUCUCCAACACAGACGACGCCCUUGGCUUUGCUCUGGGCUCCCUCUUUGUGAAGGCCACGUUUGACCGGCAAAGCAAGGAAAUUGCAGAAGGGAUGAUCAGCGAAAUCCGGACUGCCUUUGAGGAGGCCCUGGAACAGCUGGUUUGGAUGGAUGAGAAGACCCGCCAGGCAGCCAAGGAGAAAGCAGAUGCCAUCUAUGAUAUGAUCGGCUUCCCAGACUUCAUCCUGGAGCCCAAAGAGCUGGAUGAUGUUUACGAUGGGUACGAAGUCUCUGAAGAUUCCUUCUUCCAAAACAUGUUGAAUUUGUACAACUUUUCCGCUAAGGUGAUGGCUGACCAGCUGCGCAAGCCUCCUAGUCGAGACCAGUGGAGCAUGACGCCCCAGACGGUGAACGCCUACUACCUGCCAACCAAGAAUGAAAUUGUCUUCCCUGCUGGCAUCCUGCAGGCCCCCUUCUAUGCCCGCAACCAUCCCAAGGCCCUGAACUUUGGUGGCAUUGGUGUGGUCAUGGGCCACGAAUUGACACAUGCCUUUGAUGACCAAGGGCGCGAAUAUGACAAGGAAGGGAACCUGCGGCCCUGGUGGCAGAACGCGUCACUGGCGGCCUUUCGGAACCACACAGCCUGCAUGGAGGAGCAGUACAACCAGUACCAGGUCAACGGCGAGAGGCUCAACGGCCGCCAGACACUGGGAGAGAACAUCGCCGACAACGGGGGGCUGAAGGCCGCCUACAAUGCUUACAAAGCGUGGCUGAGAAAGCACGGCGAGGAGCAGCAGCUGCCGGCCGUGGGCCUCAACAACCACCAGCUCUUCUUUGUGGGAUUCGCCCAGGUGUGGUGCUCGGUCCGCACACCAGAGAGCUCUCACGAGGGGCUGGUGACCGACCCCCACAGCCCUGCCCGCUUCCGCGUGCUGGGCACCCUCUCCAACUCCCGUGACUUCCUGCGGCACUUCGGCUGCCCUGUGGGCUCCCCCAUGAACCCAGGGCAGCUGUGUGAGGUGUGGUAGGCCUGGGGUCUGGGGUGGGAGCUGGGUUGGGGUGGGAUGGCCCAGGGCAGCUUGUCUGGCAAAGCUGUCUCCUCCUGGCCCUGGAGUAAGCCCACAUAAGCUGGGCUGGGUCCAGUCCCUCCACAUCACAUGAGUCCCGGUCCCCUCUCAACCAUCACAUUGUGCCUCUGCACUGGGGGUGCCCCUGCCUCCAGCAGAGCCCCCACCACUCACUGUGACAUCCUUCCAUGUCACCCUGCCCAGAGAAGGUCUGGGCAGCGGGGCCAGUCCUCACAGGAAGGAGUCUGCCUCUUCUGGCCCCAGGCUUGCUCAGCUUGGUGGCCGAGGGGCCUGCUGUGCCUGCCCCACUCUGCCCAUGCAGGGCCUGGGUGGUGGGCCUCACCCACUUCUCCCCCAAGCUCACUCAGUGCUCACAUGAGAGUGGACUCAGCUCCCUUCAGCCCUGCCCUCAGGGGCUGCCCUAGCCCCGCGCUCUUGUGCCGCCGCUUCCAAUAUAGCUACCAACCCUCACCAAUGGACCAGCUGUGCCCAGCUAUUAGUGGGAGCUCCAAGGCCUUUAAAUGCCUUCCUGCUGCCCCCUGCCCCAUCAUUUCCCUGGGUUGAGAGGGGAAGUGUGUAUGUUGGGGGGGUACUGGGUCCUGUGUCCUAGGGCCUAGUCUUUGUGGGGUGAAUGAUUCUCCUUGGACCAAGCAGAAAAGCAGACAGGGAGAAGGAAGGACAAAGUUUAUUUUUACAGGGAAGAGGGUGGGGAGGGUGUGGUCUUUGCCCUGUAGGACCCUGUGCCAAUAAAAUAGCCACACAUCCAUCAGCCUGUCUCUUCCUUCAGC